AUGCUGUACCUACACUGGGUCACCUUGUUCCCAGGGAAAUGGCUUGAUGAGCCUGAAAGAGCUGGGUUUCUGAAAAACCAGGUCAUGCCUUUCCGCAUUGCAACCAAAGAUGGUCACAGACUGUUUACGUGGCUCGUCGCACCGCUUGGUGUAUAUGCCAGACACCUGCGCGACUUUCUAAACGAGCGGUCUGGGGACGACGAUGUCACCGAGAAGCUUGCGUUCCGUCUAUUGCGAGAUGAUCCGGAAGCGCGGCUGCUGAUAUACUUUCACGGCAACGCGGCGACACUUGGGCAGCAGAGACGCACCGAAGAGUACCGCUCAUAUGCAUCUGGGGCGUGCGAAAAGGUUUUUGUGCUCGCGUUUGACUAUCGCGGGUUUGGGAAAUCAAAGGGCGUGCCUUCAGAAGCCGGACUUCGAAAUGAUGCAGAGGCUGUGGUCGAUUGGGCAUUGAAUGUCGCAAUGAUCCCUCCACAGCGCAUUGUUCUUCUCGGCCACUCACUAGGCACAGCGGUCGUAGCGGCCGUAGCAUUGCAGUACGUUGAGCUGGGCGUGGAAUUUGCAGGCAUCAUCCUGUGUGCUGCCUUCACGAACGCUGGCAAUGCGUUCGCCUCGUACUCGAUCGGUGGCGUCGUGCCAGUGCUCGCUCCCGUCAAGAUGAUCCCAGCUAUCCAGAGCUGGUUCAGUCGCAAAAUCAGAGACACGUGGCGGUCUGAUGUCCGCUUGGCUGCGCUUACCCACAAGUAUUCCAGACUGCGACUAGUCUUCGUGCAUGCUGAGAACGACAGCACCAUGCCCUGGAAUCAGACCGAGGAGCUGUUCAAGUCCACACUCCGGGCUGCAACCGAACCAAGUACCGAUGACGAUGCCUGGAGUGCGCCAACGCCAAAGUACGAGGCGGCUGAUCUGGGCGAGGCUGGCAGGCAGGAAGUCUGGGAAACCGAUACCGCGCGCAUCGAAAAGCUCAUAGCCAAGCAUGGAGGUAAGCAAUACCCCGCCCAUUACAAAGAAGCCCAAGGAGUUGGCGUGCCCGUGGCGCGCUUCGAGAUCGCUUUUGGAGAUCGUAGAUGUCCCUGGCGAUCUUCCGUAGGCUACUAA